AUGCCUCUGGGUACACCUGCUCCCCUAACCAAGCGGAAAAAGCCCUCCAAGAUCAUAACUGACCUAUCACAUAUCCCUCAGGAUGAAUAUGAGUCAGAGCCAGAGGCAUCGGAGUUUGACCUGGGAACAAAGAUCAGAACUCCUAAAGACAUCAUGCUGGAGGAGCUUUCCCUGCUGAAGAACCGAGGAUCCAAGAUGUUCAAGAUGAGACAGCAGAGAGUGGAGAAAUUCAUCUAUGAGAACAACCCUGACAUCUUCAGUAGUGAGUCCAUGGACAACCUGCAGAAGUUUGUUCCCUCCCUGGGAGGUCAAGUGGGAGGUCAAAUAAUAAACCUCGGUGGGCAUUUUGUUAGCAAGGAGUCUGGACGUCUGAAUUUUGUAGGGCUACAAACAGGAGGAGGAGCCCCUGUGCCUCCCCCAAAGCCUGGAAGCAAAGGAGCAGGAGGAACGGGAGGUGCAAGUGGAGCAGGAAGUGCAGGAGGAGUUGGUGUGGGCGAGAAAGGUGGAAAAGGAGAAGGUAGUAGUGAGUGGUCUCCACUAAAAGGAGGUGGAAAACAUGACGGUACUAAGAAGCAAAUUCAUGUGAAAACCUACGUGUCUCCAUGGGAGAAGGCCAUGAAGGGUGAUGAAGGUCUGUUAGCCACUCUAAAAACCAAUAUGCCACAUCCCAAUGCCAAAAAGGACUUACCCCAGUACAAGUGUUUCAACAGGAGUGCCAUGCCCUACGGCGGUUUUGAAAAGGCCAAUCAGUUUCUGAAAUUUCAGCUGCCAGAAGCUGAGGCAACCAAAGAAGAGCCUGAACCUGCAGUGGUGUACCAUCAUGACAUUAGCUGCCGGCCUUCAUUCAAUCGCACUCCUAUUGGCUGGGUGGGCAGCAGUGAGCCCAGCAGCAUUCACAUGGAGACGGAUGCUGUGCCCUUCGAUGGAGAGACCGACGAGCUGUGA